AUGAUCUUAGCAUUGAAGAAGAGGCAUUACUUCUGCGGCAGUGUGCAGCUGGUGCGAGAACUCCUAGAGUCCAAGAGGAUCAGCAACCGGUUCAAGUUCUCUAAUGGAGAGACUCUGCUUAUCACCGCUUGCAAGUCUGCGAGUCUGGAUGUUAUUCGCUUUCUGUUGGAUCAUGGUGUAGAUGUGCAUGAAGAAGACAACUAUCAUAACAAUGCCUUGCACUGGAGCGUUCGAUUGGGGUUCGACAAGAUUGCAGACCUGCUCAUCUCUCAUGAUGAGAUCCAAAGGCCAAAUCGAUCAUCUCAAAACAAAGUGAAUAAACCCGCUUACAAGGCGAAAUUGAAGCAUCCGCAAGUUGAUGGAAAGGAAGAUGCAAAAAAGGCAAAUCGCUUGGGUACGCAGACCCACGGGCCAAGCCCAUCUGAUCCGGUAGUGCUUCCCAGCCUCGGGCGACCGCGACUCUUCCUAGAGUCGGUGUCAAGACCACACGAUCCCCAUGUAAAGUCAACGGAAGAGAGAAAGAAAAAGCUCGUCAAAGAGACCCCUUAUCAGCGUAUGUACCUUCAAUCAGUGUAUAAACGACCCCCCAAACGCCAGAAGCUGUUCGACAAGUACCGAGAGCCAAGGAGUCACAGGGAGCUGAAGAGCAAAGCUCAAGAUCAAGAGGUGCGGGAAGAUGAGCAAGGCGAUCAUGAAACCAGAGCAAAAAGCGAGCCCCUGGUGUCUGAAGCAAGCGACACCCCUCCUGAGCAGAAGAAGGGGCCCAAGAAGCAGCGAAUACUUGACCUGUCUCAAGAAGAUCCUGAGCCGGAGACAGGGCUGAUCCACUUACGUAACUUCGAUGCUGAUGGCAAUUACAAGCGGAUCAACAGCCCCCGGUCUAUAGAGGCCAUGAAGCGGCUAGGAAUCACCAUGGAAGAACUGAUGCCCAUGGAGCAGAAGUUGUCUUUCUCGGAAUCCAAGGAUGCAGAGGUCCUCCAGAAGAAGAAGGAGAUGCUGGAAGAAAGAAGAAAGCGCAACGUUGAUUCCUGUAUCAAAGAGAGGAAGCGACUGAAGGCCAGGUCAAAGGAUGCCACCCUCAACGUCAUCUUUGCUGAGUAUGCUGGGAUCUCCGGGGACAACACGAUGAACAUGAGCGAGUACCUCGACAUGAUGAAGUCCAUGGUAGCUGCCUUGAGCAAGCUGUUGGUUACUCUGAUGCCUCCCCAGGAAUUGCUGCAAUCUGAAACUGAACGGAAGCAUGGCAAGAUCUCCAAGACAGAAGCGGUGGGCAUUUUCAAGCAGUUUGCAAGGAAGAUAGGAGUCACGUAUGAGGUGACGUGGGAGCAGUUUGUGAAGCUAGAGAAGCAUCUCUCAGGUGUGCUGGGUAUCAAGAGCAUCUCUAAGGCUGGGGAGCAUCAGGAGACUGAGGACUCAGAGACCUCACGUAAAGAUGCAGUCGAGGCCGAUCCUGCUGCUGUCUACAUCCAAGAGGUUCGAGCGAAGCAUGAGCGAGUGAACAGAACAGAGCUGAGAAGAAUCGAGACCUACUUUGAGAAACUUCUCAGCCUGAAAGCGCAACAUGACACGCUAGAGCAAGCGUCGCACCAAAAGGAAUCAAAGAUCAUCAAGAACUAUGAGGAUAGAAAGUACACGUCAGCAUUGAACCGCCUUGACCAGCAGUUCAAAUAUGUUGAAAGGGUCCUUCAGCAUCAGAAGAUGAUGGCGAAGAAGAAAGAGGAAGAAGAAGAACGAUCGAGAAAGAAGCAAGAAGAAGCAAAGAUGAACCUACAGAAGAUGACACACGAGAGGGAGAGGAGGAUGAGGAUGCAAACUGAACAGCUCAAGAUUAGGCAGCAGCUGAGGCAAGAGCAAAUCACACAGCGAGAUAGGAAGGAGGAAUACAGAAGAAAGCUGCUCAUGGAUAAGUUGACUCGAGAGCAACUGAAACAAGAAAAAGAUAGAGAGAUCAAGAAAUUGAUUGCUCAGGAAACAGACAAGCUCAAGUCAAAAUCAAGAAUGGAAAAGGAGAAGUUCAACGAAGUUGUUCAGAAUUUCAUGAAAUCUGGGAAGAUAGAUGUUCCCAAGGGACUUUCUACUUUGGGGGAUCUUGAUACGAUCCUUGUGCGAGAAGAUGCGGCUGACUGGGAGGACAAGAACGAAGCAGCAGGCCUGCUGUCGGAAGACGCGUCUGUGUCGGGGGAGAUCAAGAGCGGAGAGUAUGCUUACUUCAAGAUCCGAGUCGAAACGCACAAGUCAUGGACUUUCGCUGUCAGCUCGACUGUCAACAAAGCGCUUCUGUUCAUUGGGAACAAGAACAUUCCCUUCCCAACCAAAGAGAAUCAUACCUGGAAUGCUUCUAACAAAGACAAGGUCACUAUCUUUCACCUCGACAAGAGGUACACGUUGGGGUAUUGUAGCGUUGAACCUCUCGAGGGAGAGGCUCGCGAUGACUCGAAGCGUCAGGAGAGCUUGUCGCAUGUUCAUAACCGGGUGAGGGUGAAGAUCAAUGAGAUGCGAGAGAAGAGGUUGUCUCAGAUGGACUCUGAUUUCAUUAGCAAGUUCGAGGAGCUCUUUCCUCAAACUUAG